AUGGAGCAGCACCCCACUUGCGCCCCGCCACCUGCGCCGGCGCCGGCGCAGGCGACCGUGCCCGUGGCUUGGGCCGUCGUCCCGGUGGACUUCAAGGUCGUCAAGAAGGGACCCGAGAUGGCGAUGCACGACGCGACCUGCCGCCUCGCCUUCCGCGUCGCGGGCAGCGCCGGCGGGGCCACGACGCUCCAGGAUGACGCUGGAGGUGUCCUGGUCGCCGUCAGGAGCAGCGGCCAGGGCGAGUGGCAAGCAUUCAGUGGAAAUAGUUUGGAGCAGACUCACAUCAUUUUCACUGCAAAAGUUAUAUCUGCUUCUUCAAGUCGAAAGGAGGUACAUGUGUUCAUCUCACCAAGAAGCACCGUUGAAGAUUCAAAACCAAGCUACAGGCUCAUAGGAAGUACAUUCCGAAGAGCGUGCACAAUAAUAAAGGGGGACUCCAUCGUUGCUCAGACAAAUCUCUUGUACAAACUCAAGAAGACUAUCUAUUCACGGCAUGCGUGUGAUAAUGUGCAGCAAGGCCGCCAUUUGACCGUGGCCAGUUCAAUGCAUGCAUUGGCAUUGUUUCAAGGUUUCAUUAAAAAUCAAGAAAAUAUCAGCAGACGUAAAAGUUACAGCCCUGCUGCUGCUGCUGCAGGGGAUGCGGAAGCAGCAGACGCAGCUGACUUUUGCAACUUGGACAACGAUUGCAUAAGCUCACACGCACAAAUCUUGCUCUCUUGUUCUGGUUGGGAAAGGAAUGUAGGCAAGGCAGAUCCCGCAAAGUCAUCGCACGACAGAGAAGGCGCGGAAAUAGGCACCCAAGCAAUCAUGGCCUCCAAGGAGGCAAACCAUUCUGUUUCUGGAGCCUUCACGACAAUCCGGCCUGAAGAAGGACCUGCAGUGCAAUUUCAGCACAUGGUUCAGCUUGCUCUCGGACAUAGUUUUUGCUGCCUUCAAACUUUGACGACCACCGUUGAUCCCUAUCCAGCUAUAUCUUCAUUUGGGUAUUUGGGUUGGAGCUGA